CACGGCUCUCUCAGCUCUCCAGGCACUUUUCUGAGCAGGAAUUUUCCCGGCGUGGCACCGUGAUUCCUCUAUUCAACACACACACACACACACACACACACACCGCUGCUGCCUCUGCUAGGGUGUGUGUGUGACAUCACCUCUUGGAACGAACCGACACACACACACACACACACGCGCACGCACCCGGCAGUGUCGCAGCUCUUCGUCUCUUCACGGAAAGGGGUUGGACAGUGGUAUAAGCGCGCGCGGGCGCGCGCGUGUGUGUAUAUGUGUGUGUCAGUGUGUGUUUUCCUGCCACGAUGAGCAGCAGCAGCUUCGUGAACAUGGCGACUAUAGGAGACUUCGACCCGCUCAACACCGCCGUCCCCGCCACCAAAGUUGAAAUCACAGUCUCGUGCAGAAAUCUGCUCGACAUGGACACUUUCUCCAAAUCAGAUCCAAUCUGUGUGCUGUACACCCAAGGGAUCGGCAACAAGGAGUGGAGAGAGUUUGGGAGGACGGAAAUCAUAGAUAACACACUAAACCCAGACUUUGUGCGCAAGUUCAUUCUGGACUAUUUCUUUGAAGAGAGACAGAAUCUUCGUUUUGAUCUGUACGAUGUGGACUCAAAGAGCACCAAUCUUUCCAAACAUGAUUUCCUGGGACAGGCGUACUGUACUCUGGGGGAAAUAGUGGGCUCCCUGGGGAGUCGACUAGAGAAGCCUCUUGGGGGCAUUUCUGGGAAGAAGUGUGGCACCAUUAUUGUGAAGGCUGAGGAACUAAACAACUGCAGAGAAUCUGUAAUGAUGCAGUUUUGUGGCAACAAGCUGGACAAGAAGGAUUUCUUUGGCAAGUCUGACCCUUUCCUUGUAUUUUACCGCAGCAACGAGGACGGAACAUUCACCAUUUGCCAUAAGACAGAGGUGGUAAAGAACACCCUGAACCCUGUAUGGCAAGCCUUCAAGAUUCCAGUCAGAGCCUUGUGCAAUGGAGACUAUGACAGAACAAUCAAGAUUGAGGUGUAUGACUGGGACAGAGAUGGCAGCCACGAUUUCAUUGGAGAGUUUUGCACAAGCUACAGAGAGUUAUCCAGAGGCCAGUCCCAGUUUAACGUAUAUGAGGUCAUUAAUCCAAAGAAAAAAGACAAGAAGAAAAAAUACCUCAAUUCUGGAACGGUAACACUUCUGUCAUUCCUCGUGGAUAUUGAAGUCACCUUCCUAGACUACAUUAAGGGCGGGACUCAGAUUAAUUUCACCGUGGCAAUUGAUUUCACCGCCUCAAACGGCAACCCUGCCCAGCCAACUUCCCUGCACUACAUGAGCCCAUACCAGCUGAAUGCCUACGGCAUGGCUCUCAAAGCCGUGGGAGAGAUCAUUCAGGACUACGACAGUGACAAGAUGUUCCCAGCACUGGGCUUUGGUGCCAAGCUGCCCCCUGAUGGGCGUGUCUCCCACGAAUUCGCACUGAAUGGAAACCCACAGAACCCAUAUUGUAAUGGAAUAGAUGGUGUGAUGGAGGCGUACUACCAGAGCCUUAAGUCUGUGCAGCUUUACGGACCCACCAACUUCUCACCUGUCAUUAAUCACGUAGCGAGGUACGCUGCCUCUGUGAAGGACGGGUCACAGUAUUUCAUCCUCCUCAUCAUCACAGACGGAGUUAUCUCAGACAUGGCCCAGACCAAAGAGUCCAUCGUCAAUGCUUCAUGUCUUCCCAUGUCAAUUAUCAUUGUUGGUGUUGGACCAGCAGAGUUUGAUGCCAUGAUCGAGUUGGAUGGGGAUGAAGUCAGGAUCUCAUCCAGAGGCAGAUAUGCAGAAAGGGACAUUGUGCAGUUUGUCCCAUUUCGGGAUUACAUUGACCGAACAGGGAACCACAUCCUUAGCAUGGCACGGCUGGCAAAGGAUGUCCUGGCUGAGAUUCCGGACCAGUUCCUGUCCUACAUGAGGACCAGAGGCAUCAAACCUUUACCCGCACCGCCACCUUACACGCCACCAGGACAGCCGAUACAGACCCAAAUCUGACCCGCUCUCAAUCUUUUUCUCUUAAUUAUGUAAAGGGGCACUUCACCCCCUUCCCUAUCUGUCUCUUUCUCUCACGUUGCACUAUAGGCACUGGAAGGAUGAAGACACCGUGGCCAAACAGGGCCAGUGAGGCCUAAUUUACUUCCAUUACAAGCAUUCUUCUGUCAGGGUCUUUCUCUCUCUCCUUCUCUCUCUGUCAGAGCCUGGCUUAUCUCUUGUAGCCUCACUAAAAUGGACUGAGCUUGAUCUUUGUUCAGACUUACUGUUGGACUGAAGAAGAAAAAAGGGAUCAGUUGGCAUUGUUCCUUAGAGCUGCAUGCUUUUCCAGGAGAAGGCCUGAGGUUCAACUUCUUCUGGCCGCAAAUCACUUGACUGUUGUAAAUAACUUUGGAAACUUACAAUUUCCGAUUACUUAUGUAUAUCUCUCUCUCUCUCUCUCUCUCUCUCUCUCUCUCUCUCUCUCUCUCUCUCAAAUCUCUCACUCAGUGUUUACAUGUUGAUUUUCUUACUGUUGGAUACUUUUAUAUAAGCGUAACCUUUCAGUAUGAACUUUGAAAUACGACUUCUAUCUGCGUGUUGUCUUUGCCACGCAUGCCAGGCACUUAUUGUCACAUAAUUGCAUUGCAUGGCAUGGAGUAACAGCCAGCUCCGCUUUGUGAUGCAUGAAGGCCAUGUUCGACUUCAUACAUAUUUGUUUCCUCCUUCUUUCCUCUUUGCUUUAUUCUUUCUUUCCUUUUCUCUCACAUCACCCUGGCACAAGCGUGGUGCUUACCUGCGUGCGGUGCAUCGUGUGUGUGUGCGUGCGUGCGUGCGUGUGGUGUGUGCGUGCGUGUGUGUGCGUGCGUGUGUGCGUGUGUGUGUGUGUGUGUUUUUAAAAAAUGUUUUCUCUUGUGUCAAAACUUUAGCAGCUGCUCUCAAAUAAGAUUUGAGACUAUGAGCCCAGUGGUCAAAAACACAGAUUUUUUUUUUUACUCUUUCAUUUCUGUCCUGUUCAUAUUUAGUAAAACACAGUACAUGUGUUUAAUUGGUUUGUAAAAUCAUACGUGGUUGGGUUUUUAGUGUUGUAAUUUAUCUUCAUUCGAGAUGCCCAAAGAUGUGGAUAAAAAGCACAGUCCAUUGUAUUUUUUUUUUUCCUUAUACAGUACCUGCAAGGUUUGAGUGUUCAUAUAACAGUACUUCUGCAGAGGAGCAUCUGUAUUAAUUAAGAUUCAUAAGGUAUUCCCCCCAGACACCAAGCUAUUAUUAAAGUAUAAUUAAAAAUACAAUACAGCAAGUAAUAGGUAUUUAUUUCUAUGUUUUAGCCAGUUAAAUCUUCCUUCUGUACUUCACAGCCUUAAACCACACUGGAUCUAAACAGAUUUAAAUAAUUUAUACUUCAAAAAAAGAUAUUUUAGUAACCAGUCAGGCCUUACUGUAUGAAAACACAUUUAAACAUAAUUUUUCAGAACUUUGGGCCUGAUUUUUGGCCAAUGUGUGUAAGUGUAUGUGAAAUUGUUUUCAAAACAAUUUCUAAUCUGUUCUAAAGUUUCAAAUCUAUUUCCCUGUAGUGAGAGUUUUCACUAAAAUCACUGUAAGGAUAUAAAAGUAUGUGUAUUUUCAGCCAUCUUUGACUGAAUUUGCAAAAAAAAA